AUGAAUACAGCUAGUUGGCCUUACUUUGACCCCGAUUUUGAUGGCCUUUCAGAAAGAGUUUACGGCCCUGUAUGCAGAGUUACAAUUGACAAUGAAAGCUCAGACGAGUGCACCGUUUUAAAGAUCGAUAGCGUAAACAAGCAGGGCCUACUUCUGGAGGUGGUGCAGGCGCUUACUGAUAUGAACCUCACCAUAUUGAAGAGCUACAUUUCCUCUGAUGCUGGAUGGUUCAUGGACGUGUUUCAUGUUAAAGAUGGAAGUGGGAACAAAGUUACUGAUCAGAAUGUUAUCAACUAUAUACAGAAGGCCAUUGGAGCAAAUAAGGAGGCCAUGGUAAAAGCAAGGGCCAGAAAUACCAAGUUCUUAGAGUCCAAGACAUCUGCUCAUGAACCCACAGCAAUAGAGAUGAGGGGAAAAGACAGGCCUGGCCUUUUCUCUGAAAUUUCUGCCGCCUUGGCCGAUCUUCAUAUUAAUGUGGUGGAAGCACAUGCAUGGAGCCACAAUGCUCGCUUAGCAUGCGUUGCCUACAUCUCCGACCAAUCCACAUCCUCUCCGAUUGAUGACCACCGCCUCGCCACCAUCGAAGACCACCUUACCACGGUCCUCAGAGCCACCACGUCUCAAAACACCGGAGAUGACGUCUGCACCAACCAACAAGAGGUGAAACAUUUUGCUGGCCUUCCCGAUCAUGGCCGCUGGGAAGGCACCAUGACUGAUGUGGAACGCCGGUUGCAUCAGCUCAUGCUCUCCGUUCGCGACUUUGACGGGCCUCCUUCAGCUUCAGGGCCGUCGAGCUCGUGGCCGAGGUCCACGGCGAAUAUUCCACUUGGUGGCCACGAUGAUGAGGAGGAGCGGGAGAAGAAAGAAUGCCAGGUGCGGAUUGAGAGCUGUGAUGAGAAGGGAUAUUCAAUAGUCACAGUGAGUUGUAAGGAUCGGAGAAGGCUCAUGUUUGAUACUGUUUGCACUCUUACCGACCUGCAAUACGUCAUCUUCCAUGCUUCCGUUGAUUCUGAUGAAGGUUAUGCAUUUCAGGAGUAUUUCAUAAGGCACGUUGAUGGCUGUGCCUUGAAUACAGAGGGCGAAAAGGAAAGAGUCAUAAAAUGCUUGGAGGCCGCCAUAGAGCGUAGGGUUUGUGAGGGUAUUCGAUUAGAGUUACGUGCAACUAAUAGGGUAGGACUUCUUUCUGACAUAACUCGGGUUCUUCGGGAGAAUGGCCUAGCUGUAGUCAGGGCAGAUAUAGCAACACAGGGCGAGAAUGCGGUAAAUGCCUUCUAUGUGAGGGAUAUGUCAGGCAACGACGUCGAUAUGGAGUUUAUUAAAACAAUGAAGAGAGAGAUGGGACCAAUAGAUCUUGAUGUCAAAAAUGAAACACCAAUUAUCAGGCGAACCUCACCUGGAAAUGGAAAUGGAAAUGGAAGUGGAAAUGGAAGGCCUCGGUUCUCUGUUGGGGACAUUCUGAGGUCUCACGUUGAGCGUUUAUCCCACAACAUCGCCAUCGGAUAA